AGAACACAGACACCUUGUGCAGAGGAGGGAGAAGACCCGGCAGAUCGUGGGGAGCAGCAGAGCAAGGCGAAUCCGGGGGAAACGGCAGACCUCCCUCUCCCCAACGAAGGAUGCUGCAGCAUCUCUCAUAAUACAGGGGGUCCAAAUAAAAAAUUGGGGGUUUGGGUUUGAGCCUGCCCUAGUCCCCCAGGGCUACGGACCCAGGCUUCUGGACUCUUCAGGUUACCUAAAAGUUGGACUCGGAUUAAGCAACAAAAAUCAGUUUCUCGCUCGUCUGCCUGCGAAAGCAUGAGGGGAAAAAAUGGAGCAGGUGAUUUUUCUACCUGGAGAAUCCAGAGUGAUCCCACCCCGACCAUGGCAACCCCGUCCAGUGACGCCCACUUCCCCACUCUCUCUCAGGAACUGUGGAGACCACCAGUGGUGGGGUAUGCCAGCUCCAUCACCCGCCACAUCAGCCACCGUGCCAACAACUUCAAAAGGCACCCCAAGAGGAGGAAACACAUCCGGCCGUCCCCUCCCCCACCCCCGAACACCCCCUGCCCCAUUGACCGGAUCCACUUUGGGGAAAUCCACCCGCAAAGAUCCUUCCUGGAACUGUUGUUCAACGGCUGCAUCCUCUUUGGAAUCGAAUUCAGUUACGCCAUGGAAACCGCCUAUGUGACCCCAGUCCUGCUUCAGAUGGGGCUACCGGAUCAGCUGUACGGGAUGGUCUGGUUUAUCAGCCCGAUACUGGGUUUCCUCUUGCAGCCUCUGCUGGGGGCCUGGAGUGACAGAUGCAACUCGCCUCUGGGGAGGAGGAGACCCUUCAUCUUGGUCCUGGCAAUCGGGGCGCUGAUGGGGCUCUCCUUGAUGCUGAACGGCCGGGAUAUUGGCACUGCCAUGACGGACACUGUGAACAACCACAAGUGGGGAAUUGCACUCACCGUCUGCGGAGUGAUCUUGAUGGACUUCUGUGCAGAUUCUGUUGACAAUCCCAGCCAUGCCUACAUGAUGGAUGUCUGCAGCCCAACGGAUCAGGACCGGGGACUCAAUAUCCAUGCCCUGCUAGCUGGACUUGGAGGCGGCUUCGGCUACGUCGUCGGGGGUAUUAACUGGGACCGGACCAGAUUCGGGCACGCCGCGGGAGGCCAGCUCCGCGUCAUCUACAUUUUUACCUCAAUCACCUUGACGCUAGCGACUAUCUUGACUCUGGUCAGCAUCCCGGAAAGGCCCCCGCCAUCCUUCAGCAAGAAGAAAAAGGUGAUGAAGAGUCCCAGCCUCCCGUUGCCUCCCUCGCCGCCGCUCCUCUUUGAGGACUGCGCGGGUGGAAACCUCGCCUCUCAGAACUCGGUCCAUUUAUAUGCAAGUUUCACCAGCCCCAUUUCCCCCCUCAGCCCCCUCACGCCCAAGUACGGUAGUUUCAUCAGCCGGGACAAUUCGCUGACGGGCCUCAGCGAGUUUGCGUCCUCGUUCGGGACCUCCAACAUCGACAGCGUGCUGAUAGACUGCUUCACCGGUGGCCAUGAUGGCUACUUGGCCCUCCCGGCGAGCUUGCCCAGACAGGCUAUCAGUGUCAGCUUCCCCAGGGCCCCAGAAGGGUUUUAUUGCCACGAAAGUGCGACCUUGGAGGCGGGAGAGACCGCUGGGCCCGAUGGAGAGGGCCUGAGGGUGGGUUCCCUGGACACCAUGAAACCGCGAUCGUCGGGGAUUUUGAAGCGGCCCCAGACUUUGGCCAUCCCAGAUAUCAUCACGGGGAACAUUCCGGAAAGCAACAGGCGAAGGAACGUAACCUUCAGCCAACAGGUGGCAAAUAUUUUGCUGAACGGGGUGAAAUACGAGAGUGACCUCAACAGCGCCAGCGACUUCUCGGAACAGCCGCUCACCAUGAAGCUGUUGUGUUCCACCAUCUGCCACAUGCCCACCGCUUUGCGGAGGCUCUGCAUCAACCAUUUCCUAGGUUGGCUCUCCUUUGAAGGGAUGCUUCUCUUCUACACCGACUUCAUGGGCGAAGUGGUGUUUCAAGGGGACCCCAAAGCCCCUCACGAUUCGGAGGAGUAUCAGAAGUACAAUACCGGGGUGACGAUGGGAUGCUGGGGCAUGUGCAUCUAUGCAUUCAGCGCGGCCUUCUAUUCCGCCUCAUUAGAAAAACUGGAGGAAUAUUUCAGCAUCCGCACGUUGUAUUUCAUAGCCUAUCUUGCCUUUGGGCUCGGCACGGGCCUCGCGACGUUGUCCAGAAACCUCUACGUGAUUUUAUCCCUAUGCAUAACCUAUGGUAUUUUAUUCUCCACGCUCUGCACGCUUCCAUACUCUCUCUUAUGCGACUACUAUCAGAAUAAAAAGUUUGCAGGAUCACAUGAGGACGGGACUAAGAGAGGGAUGGGGGUGGACAUCUCCCUCCUGAGCUGUCAGUACUUCCUGGCCCAGAUCCUGGUCUCCAUUGUGAUGGGCCCUUUGACGGCGGCGGCGGGCAGUGCCAAUGGAGUGAUGUACUUCUCCAGUGUGGUCUCCUUCAUUGGCUGCUUGUAUUCGUCCCUCUGCGUUGUCUACGAGAUCGCCCCCAGCGAGGAGCUGGCAGAGGAGCAGCAGCCGCUGAUGAUGAGUGCAUGAAAUUGGCGCUACAGGCAGAGAGGAUCUAUCACCACAAUCUAUGGCGACCCUGUGGAAGCCGCGUUGAAAGGAGCCUACGUGGGGAGACAUGAAUCUAAUAAUAAUAAUAAAAUUUUCAAACACCA